GAAAGAGAUGGAUGGCUGAUGGACGCGAUGCAGACGUCGUGCUUUUAGUAUGUAUUCUUCCAUCUUGCUGAGCCGCAGUCGAGGAGUGCGACUUGGUGCAAUUUUCGGGAGUUGCCUUUCCUGAAGACAAGCGGAACACGAGCCAAGCGGAUCAGACGAUGGACGAAAAGACAGUCUCGGAAUACAAGAACUUCGAGGUAGAACGAGAGCAGAUUGCCUUGAAUUUGGCCGAGUUGAAGGACAAAUCUACCAAAGGAACGAUCGAUGAACCCAUCCGGCCUUUCCUCGACUUGAUCAAUGCCCAGCCCGAUUGGAUAUCUACGAGUACCUGCAGUGGACGGUUGGUUAGCUACCUUCCUGGCGCGUCAGCGGAGGCCGGCUCAUCCGAUCCAUCCGAUCACUCCCAACGUGUCCGUCAAGCCGUCAAUGGAAAAGGUGGAGGGACUUGGCUCUUCGUCUCUCAUUCUACUCUUGAGACCAACCAACUGGCGAAUCCGAUUCAGACCCUCUUCGGCGACAGUUAUCGCAUAGAAUCAUCGCCCAAUCCGGACAGCUGGACCUGUGAUGACAGCUCGUCUCUGGUCGUCCAUUUCGUUUAUCAACCUCCGGUAUUUCAUUUACUGGCAAAAUCGGUGACGGUUGCCGUGCCGAUUUUGACCACCGUCAUCGGCGCGGGUUUCCGGAACUCCGGAAUCACUGUCGGUCAUCGCGGACGAGUGAUCCUGGCGAUCCGGGCAAGCACGGGCGGUCUAGAUGUCCCGAUCGCGAUCCAAAAGUGUUCUGAAAAGAGCACACUCCAAUUACUGGUCCCAGUCGAUUAUCUGUCAAAAUUGUUGCUUCAAGGUAAUCAAUUGAUGCAUCAGAAUCAAGCCAAACUAGAAAGACUAUUCGAAGCCUUGUCGAAUUCCUUCAAUGCGCCCUCUUUGAAAUCAAUCAACCAAUGGGAAUCGGCCGAAGAUAGACGGCAACGGAUGCGUUUGGAGGGAUUGGCCGCUCGAGAAGCUUCCCUAGUCUCUUCUCAAUCUAAUCCGACUCAAACCUCAGCAAAUGACGAGUUCCCAGAACUUUCCUUGAUUGAAUGAAUCAUAACUCGUGCUCUCAACCGGAAUAUAUAUAAGCAGAUUCUUGAUCCCAUGUUCGAUUUCAUUCAUUGAU